AUGUUUUUCACUGAUAGACAGCUGAUGCAUGCUGGUAUGAAACAAAUUCUUAAACGUACACCAGUAGCGCGUGAUGGUUUAGGUUUUGAUGGCAGUCACGAUGGUUACGAUGUCAUUAUUGAUUUUGAAUCAGCUGAGAAUUUACCACGAAUGGAUCUUGCUGGUGGAGCUGAUCCAUUUUUCAAAGCAAAUAUUGACGAUCAAAUCCAUUUUACGUACGUAUCACUAAGCUGCACGAAUGUCACUUUACUUUUUGCUAUGAAGCUUAUUCAAGACUCUAAUUACCCAACUAAUUUCAAAAAAGUCUUCAGCUUUGACUCGCCACUGAAAAGAAAUUUACAAAUUCCUGCGUGUUAGCGCAGGAACCUAAAAAAAUGCUGUGAAUAUUGGAUAUAUACUGCAGGUUUUCCAAUUACGUUAUCUUGCCGAAAAUUUUCUUGCAAGUUGUUUAGUAUAAUUGUGCAGGAUUCUUUAAUACGCUCGCUUUUAAAUUUUUUUCCUGCAAGAUCCUAGAAGCUUUUUUUUUCUAACCACACCAUGCAGGAGCUUUUAUAUGCGUUCCUCGAAUAUAUUUCGCGGAUUCUUCAUUUUGCAUACCCUGCGAAAAUCUUCCUCCUUGUUAUCACUUGUAAUACACAAGAUAUCUCACUACGCAAACCCUGCAAGAUCUGUUCGAUUUUAUCCUGCAGAAAGGAAACGGUGUCUUCUAAGAUAAAGUAUUACGGGGCAGAUUUUAUCUUCCAUGUCUAUCCUGCAGUCUUUUCUCACCAAUGUCUGUCCAGAGUGACCGUGAAGGGACUUGUCUUUAUUAUUUUUGGAAACGUUUGCACCUUUUUCUUGUAAAACUAUAGAAGCUUUUCUCGUUUCCAGUAAACUUCUGAAAAACGUAUACCUUGAUACAUUAACUUCAACUUCUCAAUGUUUUUAUCGGAGUUUUUAAAUUACAUACCAUUCACUAUAGUAUUCAAAACUGAAGAAAUUAGAAUAGUUUGAUAUCUCUGCUUUGCUAUACAUCUUUUUUUUCACAGUAGUGGGAUCAUUCUAAUGACUUUAAUUUCAUAUUUAUCGAAUAAAAUAGAAUAUUCCUAAUAUAAAAACAACCUUUUCAGCUAUCUAUUAAUAGUUUGGUUUUGUACACACGAAAAUGCAUGUUAAAGCCAAAAUAUUAAGGUAUACAUUUUCUAGAAGUUUAUUGGAUACGAGAAAAGCUUUUAUAACUUUACAAGAAAAAUAUGCAAAAGUACUUAACUUUUUAAAAAUAAAAAUACAGACAAGUUCCUCCACAGUCACCCUAGACAGAGACUGGUGAGAAAAGAUUGCAGGAUGCCGCAGGAUAGACAUGGAAGACAAAAUUUUUUUUCUUUCAACUAACAAAAUCAUAUCAUAUCCUUCAGGGAACAACUUGCGGAUUGAAUAAGUCAAAAAGUCGUGCGACAUUUCUUACAUUUACGUUGGAUUAUUUUCUACGCUGUUUCUCCGCGAAAAUUGUAGGACCCUCUCAAGAGUGGCAAGGAAAAGAAUCCUGCGUGAAGGUAAGAACCAUCCCCGAGUUUCCUACGCAAAACUCUGCAGAACUUUUCAAGUUUUUUUCAGUGCGUCGUGAUCUGUUGCAGUAGAGACAGAAAAAGGCAGGACACAAAGUGAACAUAUUCAUUCUUUCAUCACUCGCUCGUCCACACACAUCCAUCUAGUUUUUCUAGUGUAUUCACUCUCUGCUCCAACGAAUGUCUUUUGCUCUAUUUCGCUCUGUAUUCAUCACACUUUUAGUUGUUCUGUUAUACAAUGGCUCAAAAAAUUAUUCAUCAAACUACAUGAUGUCUCUGUUUUGUGUGCAGAAAGAACAUAAGCUAGACAGUUCGGGCACCGCUCUUCGUGAGGAGCAACAUCGAUGCUCUACAUCCAAAACUCUUUAAGCUUUCGAUUUUCUGUUCCACGUAUAUUAUUAGAAAAAUCAAGAGGGUAAAGCACCACUUCAUUUUAGUUCACUUCAACUAGGUAAAACGUCGCUGAAACGGUCGAAAUAUCCAGAAUCACUUCAAGUUCACUUCAAGUUAAGCGGAACUGGUGCAAUGGUGCUUUCCCCCGUAUCCGGAGCACCGUUUCAACAGUGACGUGGACUGAAGAGAACUCUCUUUACUCUGUUCUUCCAGAAUGUUGAGAUGAUAAAAACUUGUUUUUCAAGAUACCUAGCUAAAUUAUGACAAGAAACGAAACGACCUAGAAACCUAGAAAUAUGUGCUGUGGAUCGCAUCUGAAUCUGAAAGCGCUUUCAAUCGAAAAUACUUCUUUCAGAGCACGGAGACCAGAACACGAACCGUUUACUAAAAACUUCGUCUCUUACAACUCCAGCACAUAUCCAAUACUCAAAAAGAGAUUUAAAAUAUUUGCGCACCUACGUUCGAUGGAUAAUCUUGGUUAAUGCUGAAGCUUAAUAACGAAAUAGUUGAAUUGUUAUGAGAUGAUGAGGCUGAAGAAAACACUCUUUUAUGAUAUAGGUC